AUGGAUCCGAACAAAGAAGAGGCGCAGUCUUUUGCGGCUGAACCCAGGCGAGAUCACCCUACAGCAAAGCGCAUAGCUUCAGAAGAGUUACGUGUCGACGCCGAUGCUAAAAGAAUCAAGGCAUCCCAUGAUGCGCCCUCGGAUUCAGGUGUUGAGCGCCCUAUCAUACAGCAGAGGAUUCCUUUCCCAGACAAGCCCGCAGUUUUAGAAGAGCGAAAUGGCGAGAUCGAGUUCCGAGUCGUCAAUAACGAUGGCGAUCGAGAAUCCAUGAUUAUUCUUACAGGCCUCAAGUGCCUUUUCCAGAAACAACUCCCGAAGAUGCCUAAAGAUUACAUCGCACGUCUCGUUUACGAUCGUACACAUCUAUCGAUUGCCAUUAUUAAACAUCCUCUCGAAGUCAUCGGCGGAAUAGCAAUCCGUGAAUUUCGCAACCGUCAAUUUGCCGAAAUUGUUUUUUGUGCAGUUGCAUCCGACCAACAAGUAAAAGGAUACGGCGCUCAUCUUAUGGCUCAUCUGAAAGACUAUAUUAGAGCUACUUCCCCUGUGAUGCACUUUUUAACUUAUGCUGACAAUUAUGCAACCGGUUAUUUCCAAAAACAAGGAUUUACAAAAGAGAUCACUUUAAAUAAGUCGAUUUGGAUGGGUUAUAUAAAAGAUUAUGAAGGGGGCACACUUAUGCAAUGUACAAUGCUUCCCCGCAUCCGCUAUCUUGAAGUUGGUCGUAUGCUUCUUAAGCAAAAAGAAACUGUUCAAGCUAAAAUUCGGCUCCUAAGCAAAAGUAACAUUAUUUAUCAGCCGCUUCAACAAUGGGCUAACGGUAAUAUUAUACCUAUCGAUCCACUCUCUAUCCCUGCCAUACGGACAACGGGUUGGUCUCCUGGUAUGGAUGAGCUGGCACGAGAACCACGCCACGGACCCCAUUUCAACGAGCUUCGACGCUUUUUAUCUCAGAUCCAAUUUCAUAAACAAGCAUGGCCCUUCCUUCAUCCGGUAAACAAAGACGACGUUACUGAUUAUUACGACGUUAUUACUUCACCAAUCGAUCUAUCAACUAUAGAAGAAAAACUUGGGACCGAUGCAUAUACCACUCCAAAAGACCUCAUCAACGAUCUUAAAUUGAUGUUUAAUAACUGUCGUCAAUAUAAUGAUGCAUCGACGGUAUAUAAUAAGUGCGCAGUUAAGCUGGAGAAGUAUAUGUGGGGUCUGAUCAAAGAGAUACCGGAGUGGUAUGAGUUACUUGAGGAGUGA